CAGGGCAGGGUGGGAUGGGAAUGUUGGGGGUGGGGUUAGGGCCCAGGCAGGAAAGCUGGAAGCAGAAUGGUUGGACAGGUAUUGGGGGCUGAAAUGACAAAGAGGGUACUGAGGACACCCAGGGACAAAGCAGCCAUGGCCUUCAUGCAGGUCCUAGAAGUCCUGAGGAGGAGCCAUGGGGUGGUGGGGAACUGGUCCCCUCCCUACCUGCUGCCUCCAGGCUGCCCUCACUUCCUUCCCAUGAUCUGGGAGUGUUCUGAUUCUGACACAGUGAUCUGGGGGUGGACUGUCAUGUGGGAACGGGGCCCUGGCCGGCACAGACAGACGCCUGCAGCGAGAGCUCAGGGUUGCCUCUGCCGUCAGCACCUCGGCCACAUCACCCUCCCUGCUGAUCCCAGACACUUCAGGCUCUGUCUUGCCUGUUGUUCCGUCUUCCUGGGAAGCUCAUGUUGUUGGUGCCGAAUUCCUGAGGAGUCCUCCAUGAUGGUUGUCUGCUACACGGAGCCAUGGAAGUUGCCCACUGCCGGGAGGAACAGUGCUGCCCGGCUGAGUCCUGCACAUGUGUGGAAGCGGAGGUCAAGGGUUGGCAUUUGUAAGGUCUGGGAGUUUGGCUUAAGGCAGAUCUUUCAAUGUGGGUGGCUGAUCUGAUUUGGAUUGGGACACGUUAACAAUGUAUAAUAAGACUUUAAGAUCAGUGGACACAGCAGAGGGUGGGAAGCCAGCCUGAUGGUGGUUUGCUGGAAGAGCGGCUUGCCCAGUGGAGUGGCUUGUUGUUCUUAGAAGGACUCCCUGGGUGAGCAGGUCAGACAACUUCGGGAGUUCUGAACGUUCAAGUUGCAUGCUGCUUUGCCCUCUUGGGUGGAAGUUUGCUGCAGUAGACCAGUUAAAGCGUGCUUGUGCAGUUCUGACACCUCACCCUUUGGGUCCAACUCGGCCUCCUCACUGGGCCAGCUUAUCUACUGUAGUUCUCUUGUCACCCUGUGUGUUCCUACUCAGGACUUGUCACAGUGUGUCAUCACACACAUGCAAGCACACGCCGUGGGACGCUGAUGUCCUGCCCACUGGAUGGGUUCCAUAGGGUGGAGCCAGCCCCACUUUGCUCUGCUGGCACUUAGCAUGUUGCCUGGCACGUAGCAGGUAGUUAGUUAAGAAAUAUUUGCAAAGGAACAUGAAUAAGUCUUGCACAAGGUGCCGGGGAACUCAGAGGACGAAGCAGCCUCUGUUUUUUCCAGGAGACCAGGGGACACUUGACCCAGAAGGUCCCGGCCGCUGUGGAAGGUGCAGCCUCCCUCGGGGAUGAGUGUGGAGGGCAGGGCCCAGGGGGCAGGAUGAUGGGAACAGGGGAUACACGGGUGUGGGUGGGAGGUGGAUCAGGCAGCAUUGUGAGGAUAAAGGAUUGGGAUUUUAAGCAAAAGGCCACAGAGAGCUGUUGAAGGCUUUUCGGCAGAGGCAGAUUUGAAAUCGUCAAGACCAGAUUUGAAGUUUUUAGACAGUCAUGCAGCUACACCUUGGGGGUGGCUGAAAGUGUGGGUGGGAGAAGCCACAGAGGCUGGGGAGGAAUGGGAGGGAGGGUGGUGUGGUCACUGCUUCCUGGUAGGGGUGGGGAGGGAGCUUUGACUGGGUCUUCGGGGCAGAGGAGCCAGCGCCACUCCAGGGCUCAUCCCAGGUGGUGUGGAUGGAGGUGUGGCAGCCCGGAUGGCUCCCAGGGUGAGGGUCAGGCUCAAGAGGAGGACACCAGGCCGCUUAUCGUGGCUCCAUUCCCUGUGGACUGCCCUUGGUGGGUUUAAGAGCAGGCAGGUCUCCCCAUGUGUCCCAGACACGGCUCCUGACCCAGCAGGUGUGUCCACUUUUCAGCUGUGGUGAAGGUGACUGAGGGGCAGUGCACCAAUAUAGAAUGACUGUACGGUGUGUUUGUGGGCUAAAGUGAGUUAAUGUUUAAAUUGACACUAAAGAUGUGUCGGCCAGUUCCCAUUCAGCCAAAACUUGUGCAGUCGGGGGCAUCGCUGACUUUCUCUUUGUAAAGAGAAAAUACAGGACCUGCAAAUAUGCUUUUAAAAAUAGACACUUGCUCUUGGUUUUUUUGCAAAUUAGGUUGACCUUUCAGUGCACUCUGGGGUCCAGCUAGCUGUGAUGAUCUUUGGACCAGUGAGCCGCUGACCGAGCUAACACCUUUUAGAUGGAAAUGGAAUAGGUGUUGUACCACGUCGUUUGUGUGGGUGGCACAUGCAGGUGUUUGAAACCAUUACCAUCUUUGCAUAAUUAAAAACCUUAAUUUUUUGUGAAAUCUUUAAUCACAGAAGAAAUGCUUCUUUCCAAUGUGAGUAUUUCUCUUAAUAUUACCGUUGCUUUAAGAAAAUUGCCUUCAGGUCUCAUUAUCCUCUUGGGCAGUUUACAGGCCAGAGUGGUCUCCACUCUCAGCCACUAGAUCUUAGAGGAUUCAAAGAAACCCUACUCUUUAAACCAGGCAACUCAUAUAUUCUGAAUCUAUAAACACAUCUUAAAAUUGUGAAGCCUUUUGUAGAGUGUGUAGAAGUUCUUAAAAUACAUACAUCAUAUUCAAUUCUAGUCAAAGAAUAUAAAGAAUACUUCGAUUUAUUGCUUCGGAUAUCUUUAACACUAGAAAUGUUCUUUGUCUCAGGAAUGACAGAAUAAAGCGCUUCAUAAUGUGGGUUUGACUGGCAUAGCUUCGAGCCUGUGAUGCGCCGGGUUAAUAUUUUAUCUAAUUGCAUGAUUCCAGCUCUGUCAUGAGCGGGACUUACAGUGGCCAGGCUCCCGCAGUGAAUGCCGUUCCGCUCACCUUGUUCCAUUCUGUGAUGCAGCCAUCACGAGCCACCAAAGGAGGUGCUCUGCCCUGAAAGCUCUCUCCAGGCCAGCCUGAGCCUGGCAGCCAUGGAGCACAAGGCCUGCGGCAGCUGAGGCCCCCAGCCCUUCACUCCUCACCCUUCCUAGGUCUCCAGUUUCUCAUCUCUAAACUUAAAGCUUGGGUUCAUGGUCACAAGAGGCUCCCAGGAGAGAAGGAAGGCGCUUGGCUUGACUGUUCUCUACAGUGUGGCUGUUCGUUACAGCGUGGCUGUUCGCUGCAGUGUGGCUGUUCGCUGCAGCGUGGCUGUUCUCUGCAGCGUGGCUGUUCUCUGCAGCGUGGCUGUUCAUUACAGCGUGGCUGUUCUCUGCAGCGUGGCUGUUCUCUGCAGCGUGGCUGUUCGCGGCAGCGUGGCUGUUCUCUACAGCGUGGCUGUUCGUUACAGCGUGGCUGUUCUCUGCAGCGUGGCUGUUCGCGGCAGCGUGGCUGUUCUCUACAGUGUGGCUGUUCGUUACGGCAUGGCUGUUCUCUACAGCAUGGCUGUUCGCUGCAGCGUGGCUAUUCUCUGCAGCGUGGCUGUUCGCUGCAGCGUGGCUGUUCUUCUCUACAGCUCGUCUUUGUUGCUUCCCUCUUCCCUCUUCCACACUCAGGCCCCAGGGAGCCUGCUCUCUCCACAGCAGCCGCCCACCCUUCUAGGUAAAGUGUCCCCUGCUUUCUCUCUGCAUCUUGCUGAGAUGGCCCUGCCCCUCUAUCCCUACCCCUGUGGGUUAUUAGAAACCUUCCAACGAAAAGGGCACGGAGCUAACACCCAGAUGGCACUAUGGGUGUUAGCAGGUUGGAUGGCUCAUGCUUGGGGCUGAGUUGCUCAGUUUAAGGAAUUUUAGACUUGGCAUCUAGGUCCAAGCAUGUCCCUGUCCUGGCUGUGUGUCCCGAGCUGCAGGUCAGGGCAGAGCACCACACCUUUCAUACAGUGUCCCUGUCUUGUUCGUCUCCGAGGCUCAGAGACCUAAUUUGUGUGGCUGUCACCUGUGCCUGCUCAAGUCAUGUUGCUACCUUCCUUCAGCACCUGGACACAUCAGCCAGACCUCCCUCCCUGGGACCCCUUGACCUGGGGCAGCACCGGGAACCUCCGCCCCUUGCUGAUGGCACACAUGGGUGGGUGCCCAUGGUCACUGAGCCCAGCCAUGUCCCAGGUCUGCGCCUUCCCU